AUGAAUUAUUGGUAUAGGGAUAAAUUGCCUGGAAUUGAAACCUUUUUGGGGGGAGAAAGGGGAUUUGGAGGAGAUAUCGGGGGGAAUUCUAGGGGAGAUAUCGGGGGAAAUUAUAGGAGAGAUAUCGGGGGGAAUUUUAGGGGAGAUAUCGGGGGAAAUUAUAGGAGAGAUAUCGGGGGGAAUUUUAGGAGAGGUAUCGAGGGGGGGGGAAUUAUAGGGGAGAAAUCGGGGGGAAUUUUAGGAGCGAUAUCGGGGGGAAUUAUAGGGGAGAAAUCGGGAGGAAUUAUAGGGGAGAAAUCGGGGGGAAUUUUAGGGGCGAAAUCGAGGGGAAUUAUAGGGGAGAAAUUGGGGGGAAUUUUAGGGGCGAUAUCGGGGGGAAUUUUAGGGGAGAUAUCGGGGGAAAUUAUAGGAGAGAUAUCGGGGGGAAUUUUAGGGGAGAUAUCGGGGGAAAUUAUAGGAGAGAUAUCGGGGGGAAUUUUAGGAGAGGUAUCGAGGGGGGGGGGAAUUAUAGGGGAGAAAUCGGGGGGAAUUUUAGGGGCGAUAUCGGGGGGAAUUAUAGGGGAGAAAUCGGGAGGAAUUAUAGGGGAGAAAUCGGGGGGAAUUUUAGGGGCGAAAUCGAGGGGAAUUAUAGGGGAGAAAUUGGGGGGAAUUUUAGGGGCGAUAUCGGGGGGAAUUUUAGGGGAGAUAUCGGGGGAAAUUAUAGGAGAGAUAUCGGGGGGAAUUUUAGGAGAGGUAUCGAGGGGGGGGGGAAUUAUAGGGGAGAAAUCGGGGGGAAUUUUAGGGGCGAUAUCGGGGGGAAUUUUAGGGGAGAUAUCGGGGGAAAUUAUAGGAGAGAUAUCGGGGGGAAUUUUAGGGGAGAUAUCGGGGGAAAUUAUAGGAGAGAUAUCGGGGGGAAUUUUAGGAGAGGUAUCGAGGGGGGGGGGAAUUAUAGGGGAGAAAUCGGGGGGAAUUUUAGGAGCGAUAUCGGGGGGAAUUAUAGGGGAGAAAUCGGGAGGAAUUAUAGGGGAGAAAUCGGGGGGAAUUUUAGGGGCGAAAUCGAGGGGAAUUAUAGGGGAGAAAUUGGGGGGAAUUUUAGGGGCGAUAUCGGGGGGAAUUUUAGGGGAGAUAUCGGGGGAAAUUAUAGGAGAGAUAUCGGGGGGAAUUUUAGGAGAGGUAUCGAGGGGGGGGGGAAUUAUAGGGGAGAAAUCGGGGGGAAUUUUAGGAGCGAUAUCGGGGGGAAUUAUAGGGGAGAAAUCGGGAGGAAUUAUAGGGGAGAAAUCGGGGGGAAUUUUAGGGGCGAAAUCGAGGGGAAUUAUAGGGGAGAAAUUGGGGGGAAUUUUAGGGGCGAUAUCGGGGGGAAUUUUAGGGGAGAUAUCGGGGGAAAUUAUAGGAGAGAUAUCGGGGGGAAUUUUAGGGGCGAUAUCGGGGGGAAUUUUAGGAGCGAUAUCGGGGGGAAUUAUAGGGGAGAAAUUGGGGGGAAUUUUAGGGGCGAUAUCGGGGGGAAUUUUAGGGGAGAUAUCGGGGGAAAUUAUAGGAGAGAUAUCGGGGGGAAUUUUAGGAGAGGUAUCGAGGGGGGGGGGAAUUAUAGGGGAGAAAUCGGGGGGAAUUUUAGGGGCGAUAUCGGGGGGAAUUUUAGGAGCGAUAUCGGGGGGAAUUAUAGGGGAGAAAUCGGGGGGAAUUUUAGGGGAGAAAUCGGGGGAAAUUAUAGGGGAGAUAUCGGGGGGAAUUAUAGGGGAGAAAUCGAGGGGGGAGGAAUUAUAG